CUAAAAGUGAGCUGAGUAGGCGAUAGUCUGAUAAAUUGGGGUAGAGAGUUCCAGAGGAUGGGGGGAAGCUCUGGAGAAGUCCUGGAGAUGUGCAUGGGAGGAGGAGACAAGGGAGCUAGAGAGCAGGAGGUCGUGCGAGGAGCGGAUGAGAGGACGGUUUGGGUGAUAUUUGGAGACAAGAUUGGUGAUGGAUUUUGGGGAGGGCAGAGUUAUAAAUGGCUUUAUAUGUUAUUGUUAAUGUUUUUAAUUUUAUACGUUGGGCAAUGGGAAGCCAGUGGAGGGAUUGGCAGAGAGGGGUGGAGGACACUGAGUGGAGGCCAGUGGAGGGAUUGGCAGAGAGGGAUGGAGGACACUGAGUGGAGGCCAGUGGAGGGAUUGGCAGAGAGGGGUGGAGGACACUGAGUGGAGGCCAGUGGAGGGAUUGACAGAGAGGGAUGGAGGACACUGAGUGGAGGAC